AUGGGUUUACCAAGUCCUUCUGAAGAAGACACUUUUGACUAUGGUUUGUACCUCCUUGAUAUCAUCCUACAGGAGUCUGGCCAUUUCCUUGAUGAAUUUGAUGGUAUGCCAUUGCCGCAGCAGGACUGGUCUGUUCAGGUUGACAAUCCAUUUAUCAGGGAACAGCUGGAUUACAACCGAGAAGCAGAACAACACAGGGCAAAUACCAACUAUGCUCUUAUGGAGACCAACCCGGAACAACAACAGGCCUUUGUCAAGAUAUUGGAAUCCGUUGAGAAACAAAGUGGGAAACUUUUCUUUCUCAGUGGACCUGGAGGUACUGGAAAGACAUUCGUGUAUAAAACCAUCUGUAAUGCCGUUCGUGCACGAGGGUGGAUUGUGCUUUGUGUAGCUUCGACAGGAAUUGCAGCUCUUCUACUGGCUGGUGGUCGCACUGCACAUUCCAUGUUCAAAAUUCCCAUUGAUGGUCUCACUGCUGAGUCUUUUUGCAAUAUACCCAAACAGAGUCAACGAGCAGACCUUAUACGAUGUACUCGACUUAUCAUU